UGCUUUCCAGCUUAAUAUUUUUGCACAUAUAAGAUUGCGGCAGGUUAAUAUUUUGUUCCUUUCUAAGUUCUCUGAGGUGCUUCGAUCAACUCCCUUUCAUCAUGACAACCUACACUGAUAAAGGGGAGAAGCCGGAAAAAGGUCGAUUUGUCAGCUUUCACCAUGUGACUUUCUGGGUAGGAAAUGCUAAACAGGCUGCAAUGUAUUACUGCGACAAAUUUGGAUUUGAAUCUGUAGCCUACAAAGGAUUGGAGACGGGGCAUCGUGAUAGAGUCUCACAUGUCAUUAGGCAGAAUAAGAUUUUCUUUGUUUUCCAGUCAGCAUUGAAUCCUGGUGACCAGGAAAUGACUGAUCAUUUAGGGAAACAUGGGGAUGGUGUGAAGGACAUCGCAUUCCAAGUAGAAGACUGUAACUUCCUGGUGAAGAAAGCUAAGGAACAGGGAGCUAUCAUUGUGAAGGAGCCAUGGAUUGAGGAGGAUGACUAUGGCAAAGUGAAGUAUGCUGUUCUGAAAACGUAUGGGGAUACAACACACACCUUUGUGGAGUACCUGGAGCCAUACUGUGGUGUCUUCCUCCCUGGAUUUGUGGAACCUCUCUUCAAGGAUCCACUCCUUUCCAAACUGCCCUCAGUCAAUCUGAAUUUCCUUGACCACAUCGUAGGAAACCAGCCAGAAGAUGAGAUGGUGCCUGUGGUAGAAUGGUAUCAGAAGUGUCUAUUGUUUCACCGAUACUGGUCAGUGGAUGACAAACAAAUCCACACAAAUUACAGCUCCUUGCGCUCCAUCGUUGUGGCCAACUAUGAGGAGACCAUCAAAAUGCCCAUCAAUGAACCAGCAGCUGGAAAGAAAAAAUCCCAAAUCCAGGAGUACGUAGAUUACAAUGGUGGAUCCGGGGUGCAGCACAUUGCUCUCAACACCUCUGAUAUCAUUCAGUCCAUCAUGAGUUUAAAAAGCCGUGGAACUGAGUUUCUGAUGGCCCCAGACACCUACUACAAUCAGCUGAAAGAAAAAUUAAAGACUGCGAAAAUCAAAGUUAAAGAAGACCUUAAGAAGUUACAGGAACUCAAGAUUCUUGUGGAUUUUGAUGAGAAGGGCUACCUGCUACAGAUCUUCACCAAACCUGUCCAAGAUAGGCCCACACUCUUCCUGGAGGUCAUACAGAGAUAUAACCAUAAUGGCUUUGGAGCUGGAAACUUCAAAUCAUUGUUUGAAGCGAUUGAACACGAUCAGGAUGCAAGAGGAAACCUCACUGUUUACACAGCCGACAGGAAAGAACAGCGAUAUUACUGACAUAACAGUUCCGAGAAAGUCUUAAAGCAUCAAGUUGAAAAGAUCCUGUAAAGCACCUCAUGCUUUAAUCUGAAACUGAGAGGAGCAUCUCCUUCUUGGUCAAGUUAUCACUUCCAGAUCGCCAAGACCUUAUUCUUCGUGGCUGGCGAUUGUAACCAGUCCAAGAUGGUGCUGCGAAAAUACUACCAACACGUCUCCUGUCCCACUAGGGACCGAACAUCCUGGACUCCUGCUUCACAACCAAAGACACCCACCACUCCAUUCCAUGUCCACAAUUCAGAAAAUCAGAUCACAGCGCUGUGUUCCUACUCCCAGUUUAUGAGCUGAAACUGAAAUGGAAGGAGCCUUCACAGAAAAUAAUAUAAUGCGGGGCUAGGGCAGUGGAAGAGCUUCUCCGGGACUGGUUGGAAUCGGUGGACUGGAACCGUAUUCAAGUACUCAGCAGAAAGCCUGGACCAGUACAUCCCCACAGUCAUGGGCUUCAUUAGCAACUGUGUGGAGGACUGUGUGCCAAAGAUGUCAAUCAGGGUGCUUCCCGGGGGAAAUCUCAGGAUGAACUAGAAAUCCAAUGCUUACUGAAGAUGAGACGUGCAGCAUUCCAGUCAGAAGACCCAACCCUAUACAGAAAAUCUAGAUAUGACUCUGCAAAGCCAACAGAGAUGCCAAGAGGUAGUUCCAGACCAACUUAGAGGCCCAAACCUACCAUACAGACACCCGCCACCUGCAGCAAGGCCUAAACAACAUAACAGGAUACAAAAUGAAACAGAGCAAGAUAGCAGACGAAAACACAUCCCUCCCUGAUGUGCUCGAUGCUUUCUUUGCUUGCUUUGAGCAGAAUGCUAGGGGCACUCUGUCACCUGUCCCGACAGCCCCGAAUGCUCUGGUUCCCUCUAUCACCACAGCAGACAUCAGAUCAGCCUUUCCGGGAGCCCGAGGAAAGCGACAGGCCCAGACAGAGUCCCUGGCUGUGCACUUAGAUCCUGUGUGGACCAGCUGGCGGAGGUAUUCAGUGACAUCUUCAACCUGUCCCUUCCACAAGCCAAAGUCCCUACCUGCUUCAAGGCUACCCUCAUCCCAGGACCAAAGAAAGCACAUGCAAUGUGCCUUAAUGACUACCACCCAGUGGCUCUGACUUCCGUUAUCAUCAAGUUCUUUCAGAGGCUGCCAAUGUAACAGGUCCAGAGCGGACGACAUUUCUCUAGCCCUGCACUCAUCCCUGAAACAUGUGGACAACAAGGACACCUAUGUCAGACCCGUGCACAUCAACUACAGCUCCGCUUUCAACACCAUAAUUCCCACCAGACUGAUCUCAAAAUUCCGAGACCAAGGAACUGGGCUCCACGCUCUGCAAGUAAAUACUCAGCUUCCUGACCCACAGACUGCAAACAGUGAAGACAGACAUCUACACCACCUCCACGAUAAUCCUCAAUAUUGGAACCCUCCCCAAGGAUGCAGUCCAGCCCUUGCUGUACUCCCUGUACAUCCACGACUGUGUAGACAAACUACGAACAAAUGCCAUCUACAUGUUUGCUGAGGACACCACUGUGGUAGGAUGGAUAUCAAAUAACAAUGAGUCAGAAUACAGAAAGGAGAUAGAGCCCUUGGUGUUAUGGUGCAAUGAUAACUACCUCUCUCUCAAUGUUAGUAACUGAACUUCAGGAAGAAAGGAGGAGAAGACGCCUCUAUCUAAAUCAACAGAGAGGGGGUUGGAGCAUCAGCUUCCUCGGAGUGACAAUAACCGACAUCCUGUCCUGGACUUCACACGUAGAUGCAACAGUCAAGAAGGCACAACAACACCUCUUCUUCCUUGGGUGGCUUCAGAAAUUCGACAUGUCCAUAAGAUCCCUCACCAACUUCUACAGAUGCAGCAUAGAAAGCAUACUGUCCGGGUGCAUAACAGCCUGGUAUGGCAACUGCUCUGCUCAGGAGCAUGUGAAAUUACAUAAGAUAACAAAGUGUGAAGCUGGAUGAACACAGCAGGCCAAGCAGCAUCCAGCUUCACACUUUGUUAUCUUGGAUUGUCCAGCAUCUGCAGUUCCCAUUAUGUCUGAAACUACAUAAGGUUGUGUGCACAGUCCAGACUAUCAUGGAAUCCAACCUCCCAACCAUGGACUCCAUUUACACAUCUCAUUGCUGCAGAAAGACUGCCAACAUCAUCAAAGACCCGUUGCACCCCGACAAUGCUCUCUUCUAACCUCUUCAGUAAGAUAGAAAGAUACAGAAGAUUGAACACAUGCGCCAACAGAUUUAAGAACAGCUUCUUCCCUGCCGCUAUUAGACUAAUGAAUGAACUCUCUAAACUCAAAUAAUGCUCAAUCUUGCUUUGUGCACGUCCUGUGCCUGUAACCUGUAUGCCUCACUCUAAGCACUCUAUGAUCUGUAUGUCCUUGCUUAAUAUGAUCUGCCUGUACUGCUGGCAAGACAAAGUUUUUCACAGUACUAAGGUACACGU